UCAUGGCUCUUCCUGAAAAAUUUCUAAAAGACCCUGCCUGGCCCUAUCUGCGCCAAACCCAACAUUUAACUUCUGGAAAGAAGUUUGAUCCAAAAAGGAGCGUUUGGAUUCCUGAUCCAGAAGAGGGGUUUAUUGCUGCCGAAAUAAAAUCAACUGUUACUCCAUCAUUAUCCAAAAAUGGAGCAGAAAUGAUAACCGUUAUAAUUAAUGAGAAAGGAAUUGAGAGAAAACUGGCAAAGGAGGAAGUUCAACCAAGGAAUCCACCAAAGUUUGAAAUGAGUGAGGAUAUGGCCGAACUAACACACCUCAAUGAAGCUUCUGUUCUUCACAAUCUACGGCAACGAUAUGCUAAUACAAUGAUAUAUACAUAUUCUGGACUUUUUUGUGUUGCGAUUAAUCCUUAUAAACGUUUGCCGAUAUAUUCUGAAAGUGUUUGUAAAAUGUAUAUUGGAAGGCGUCGAAACGAAAUGCCCCCACAUAUUUUUUCUAUUUGUGAUGAAGCUUAUAGAAAUAUGAUGAAUGAACAAGAGAAUCAAUCAAUGCUGAUAACUGGAGAAUCUGGUGCCGGAAAGACAGAAAACACUAAAAAAGUGAUUGGAUAUUUUGCUGUAGUUGGUGGACCUAGUGCAAGUUCAACAACAAGAAGGCGGAGUAGUUCAACCAAAGAUACAGCAACAUUGGAAGAACAAGUGGUCCGGACUAAUCCUGUUUUGGAAGCUUUCGGAAAUGCCAAAACAAUUAGAAAUAACAAUUCUUCUCGUUUUGGAAAAUUUAUUCGUAUACAUUUCAACAAAGCUGGACGAUUGACAGGGGGAGAUAUUGAACAUUAUUUGUUGGAAAAAUCUCGAGUAAUAAAACAAUUGGGAGGAGAAAGAUCUUAUCACAUUUUCUACCAAAUAAUGUCUAAUGGAAUUAAUGGACUUAAAAGUAAAAAGCUUUAUUUAAAUCGCCCAAUAAGCGAUUAUCAUUUUGUUGCCCAAGCAGAGGUUGCUAUAGAAGGAUUAGAUGAUAGGGAAGAAAUGUUAAUUACUGAUGAAUCUUUCGAUAUUAUGAAGUUUACUGAAAAAGAAAAAUUCGAAAUGUAUGCCCUAGUUGCUGCAGUAAUGCAUAUGGGUGAAAUGCGCUUUAAGCAACGUCCAAGAGAGGAACAGGCUGAGGCUGACGAUAUUAAAGAAGGUGAAAUAGCUUGUAAACUUUUUGGAAUUGACAAAGAUGCUUUUUUAACUGCUAUUCUUCGACCGCGUGUAAAGAUCGGUGCUGAAUGGGUUAAUAAAGGUCAAAAUUUGGAACAAGUAAACUUUUCUGUUGGGGCCCUCGCAAAAGCUUUAUAUGCCCGAAUGUUUGCCUGGCUUAUUCGACGUUGUAAUGCAACACUCGAUGUUCGAGACAAGCAACAAAGAGAAGGGCAACAUUUUAUUGGGGUGUUGGAUAUUGCUGGCUUUGAAAUAUUCGAAUUAAAUUCUUUUGAACAAUUAUGGAUUAAUUUUGUUAAUGAAAGACUUCAACAAUUUUUUAAUCACCAUAUGUUUAUAUUAGAACAGGAAGAAUAUCAACGUGAGGGUAUCCAAUGGGCAUUUAUAGAUUUUGGAUUAGAUCUUCAACCAUGUAUUGAAUUAAUUGAAAAGCCUCUUGGAAUAAUCUCAAUGUUAGAUGAAGAAUGUAUUGUACCUAAAGCUACUGACAAUACCUUUGCAGAAGCUCAUUUUGCCGUUAUUCAUUAUGCCGGAACUGUUCAAUAUAAUGCUCAGUCAUGGCUUGAAAAAAAUAAAGACCCUCUCAAUGAUUCUGUUGUUGCCGUUUUAAAAUCAAACCCCGGAAUGUCUUUACUUAAAUUUAUUUGGGAAGAUUACCAAACACAGGAAGAUGAAAAGAAGGCAAAAUUAUCUAAUAAAUUUUUUGAAAAAUGA